CGGCUUCACCAUCCAUGGCGCCUCAAACAUACGACUCAAUUUUCGAUCCUGGUGCUCUGUCUGACACUAGCGCAAGUGAUCAUGACACGAGCUCGAAAGCAAACACGAACAUUCAAGCUCAAGAUGCGGAAUGUAUGACUCUCACUUGGCGGAUGGAACGUGGAGGACAACCAGCAGCAAGUACAAUAAAUUCUGGCGAAACUGGCACGGCAAAGCGCAAGGCCCCAGGUUGUCUGAGGAAGAAGAAACCCACAGAGGAGACAGGUGCGUGCAUAACAUCAUUUUCCCCUUCAACUUCGCAUUUGAAUUUGAAGUCUUGGUGUAUCUUGAAUGUCUCUCUGCUGAUUAUUGCUUAGAUGUACCUGCCCCACCCGCUCCCGCACGAGUGACAUAUUACCUCUCGAUUUUCUCGGAGGCGGAGCUUCGCAAAGCAGAAAAACAAAGGAAAUCACUCAAUUCAUUCUUGCAGCAAACGGCCGACUUGCCGUUCGAUACUUUGAAGGCACAGUUACUUACUCAGAUCUCGGCAAAACUAAACCCCAGCAAGAUCUCACACGACGACUACGACAUCGACUGGACUGUACCACGGAUCCAGCCAUCUCCUUUGGCUCUUGCUUCGGACAGCGAUUACAAUUUUUUGCUUCAGCACGCCACGAAACACAAAGAGCCGCAGGCAAAUAUCACCAUCAAGGUUCGCAUGAACAAGAACCGUCGCAACAAAGAUACAGACACAAGCUCCGGAGAGGAUGAUGUAGGUUCUGAGAAUGAGAGCGACGAUGACAGGAGGCCGAAAAAGAAGACGAAGAAGACCUCAGCAAAAGAAAAAGCCAAGGUACUAGAGACAAACUUGAAUAUCAAGAUCGACACGAAGAUUCAACAACUUCGCGACCGGUGGAUGUGUUCGAAGCCUGGAUGUACGAGCGAGUUCUGUUUCAUCCACACCGAGCAUCCUGAACACUUCCCGCUCGGACGUGAGCAUCUUUCUGUAUGGGCAGCUGCAUGGAACAAAGAUGAAGCACAAGCAAACCUCGAGACUCCCCCGAACCACGCCAAGUUCAAUGCACUUCCAGGGCAGAAGGGCACUGCCUCUCUUCUUCAGCGUCGCCUUGCUGAACGCACACAGCCUGCAAAUCAGCCUCAUGGUCCGGUCAUCAAUUUCAACAUCCCGCCAGAGCUUCUCGCUGUGUUUCGCCCUCCUGCAGUUCUGAACAGCGACAUACCUCAACCUGCACCUGCUGGAUCACGCACUGAAGGUGAUCGAUCACAAGACUCUCUGAUUCCCUAUGGUGUGCCUCAUGGACCAACAUUUUCCCUCAACGAGUUCUGUAGCAAUUAUACCCUCAGCAACGAUAUCCGCACGAAGCUACACCAGAACGGGUAUACAGGCACGGAGACUAUCUGUUACAUUCUCAUCUCUGAGCUGAAGGAAAUGGAGUUCAAGCUGGGAGAGAUUGCUGCGAUGCGUGCAGCCAUGAAGCGUUGGUGCAAGUGA